AUGCCGUACUCUCUCAAAGGCCGCAAUAUCCUGGUAACAGGAGGAUCCAGGCAAGUGCUCAACCAAGGCCUCGGGGCGCUGAUUUGUGAGAAGUUUGCAGCAGAAGGUUCCAAUAUUGUGGUAAACUAUGUCAGCAGCAAAGAUAGAGCCGAUCAGGUCGCCGAGAAGUGUGAAGGACUGGGAGUCAAGGCAGUUGUAAUCCAGGCAGACAUCGGAGUCGUCGAGGACACUGUUCGAUUGGUUAAAGAAAGUGUCCAGCAGCUGGGAGGACUCGACAUCAUCAUCAAUAAUGCUGGCUGGACCAGGUUCACCAACUUCGGAGACAUCAAUGACAUGAGCCAUGAUGAAUGGAACAAGUGUUGGGCCACCAACGUCAUGUCCCAUCUGGUGUUGCUACAGGAAGCAGCUCCCAUAUUCAACAAGAAUCCCGAUGGCGGAGUUUUCAUCAUCUCAUCAUCUGUCGCAGGCAUAAGCUGCGCCGGAAGUAGUAUGGGAUAUUCGGUUACCAAGGCUGCGGGCCUCCAUUUGAUGAAAUGCCUUGCCACCACUCAAGGUCCAAAGAUCCGCAUAAAUGCCGUUCUUCCAGGUCUUCUUCUUACGGAAUGGGGUCUGAGGUAUAGCGAUGAGCGCAUUAAGACUGUGAAGAACGCCGCUGCUCUGAAGCAAGAGACUCUGCUAGACGAUUGUGCAGAUGCCUAUAUCUCACUUGCGAAGAACACGUCGAUCACAGGCCAGCAGAUUGUCGUUGAUUCUGGACUUGUCAUCCGAUAG